AUUUGCGUUCAGUUUAGAUUUUGUUGCGGUCGCGCAUGGACCUAAGUCCGUUACGCUUGCCGGGAGGAUCGGGCUUUGUGGAAACAGUGGAAUAAGGAAGCGCAGCGCCGUCACUAUCAGUGCCAAGUGUCAGGAUGUCGAACCGUUUGGGACGGUUGUGGUUGGGGCUGACGCUGGCAGGACUCUCAUUUACCGUCGGUGUUGUGCAAGGCGACAAUGAUAGAAGUGGGCUAGAAUUGUCGCAGUACUGGCGAAUGCCGCGUGUGUUCAAGUACGAUGAUUACGAUAUCUGUCUUAAUGAUGAUCCCACCACACCGUCGGUGUACUGCGUGGUGAAGGCGGUCGUCCGACCCGACAACCACUCCGAGGUGUGGGGAUUCAUCGAGCAGAUUUCGGCCCAGUGGAAGGUGCAGCUCAACCAUGCCCAUCUGGAUCGUGGCAUUUGUGUGCGCGAUUGCGAAACGCGUCUGCGGCUGAUGUCCGGCCGGGUGAACGAUAGUGAGCUGCUGGUGCCCAAGUUCAAGACCGACUACCGGUAUACCUUCAAACCAGGAACAUUCCGAGAUGUCGACGUGUAUCGGCAAAACUAUUCUCAGCUGCUGGAAAAAUGCGUCAACCUGGAGCUAACGGAAGAGUUCGGCUUAAGCGCUCAGACGGAGAUCGAGUACUGCGAUAGUAACACCGUUGUCCAUCCAACGGAUUGGUUGGAAGUGACGUUCCUGGUCGUCGCACUAGCGAUCGCCGGCAUCGUGCUUGCCUCCAGCCUGUACGAUUUCCGCUGCAAAACGACGCACGGACUCGAGCACUACAGGCACGAUCUGCCCACGACGAAACAGAUGUAUCUGGUGUCCUUUUCGAUUAUCCGGAACUGGUACCGGAUCACCUCGCGCGGUGACGAUCAACUUAGCCACGAUCUGCGCUACAUUCACACGAUCCGGAUGAUCGUGUUCAUGGGUGUUACGCUGGGGCACGUGGUGUUCUACGCCCAGCCCAGAACGGCACUUACCAUCGAAAAUCGUUACAGUGACCUUUCGACGAUGAUCGUCAUCAAUGGGACUCAGAUAGUGACAACGUUCUUUGCCAUCAGUGCCAUGCUGCUGGUCCUGUUCUUCAUGCAGAAGGUAGACGAAACGAAGAAGAAGGUCGGCAUCGUGGAGAUAUUCAUCAUUUCCGCUGCCCGUUACGUACGGUUAACGCCGGUUUACGCGUUCGUGAUGCUCUUCGAGGCCACCUGGGUGGUGCGGUUCGGUGAUGGACCACUGUGGCAGAAGGGCUUCGAGACGAGCCGAUCGUACUGUCGCGCCAAUUGGUGGGCCAAUCUGCUCUACAUCAACAACUACUACAAGCCUGACGAACCGUGCAUGUUGCACACCUGGUACCUGGCAGCCGAUUUCCAUCUCUUUGUGUACGGGCUGGUGCUGUGUGCGCUGAUUGCCCGAUACCCGAAACUGCGGAACCUGCUGCUCGGAACGCUGAUGGUGCUGAGCUACGCUGCAACGGCCGCCAUUAUCUACGUGAAGGAGUACGACGCCAUUCCGAUAUUUGCACCCGAACAAAUUCGUUACUUCUUCUGGUACUGGGGCGUGUACAAGGAUGCCUACGUACCGACGCACAUGUAUCUGGUCAACUAUACCUCGGCGCUCGCGUUCGCCUUCUACUAUCGGCAUAUGCUUAAGACGAGAACCAACUACCACUGGCUUAUCAAGGUUUCCUGGUUGGUAAGCCUGCUAAUGAUUCCGGCACUGUUCGCGUUGGGCUACAUCUUCUACAAAAACCAAUUCGAGAUGCCUUCCCUCUGGAUGGCGUUGCUGUUCCCGUUCAUACGGCUGCUGUACAGUGCGAUCAUAUUUUUCGGUGGAGUUGGACUGUCGUUUAGAUUCGUGAAGCUGAUGACCCGACUGGCGGACAUACCGUUCCAUACGAUCAUCGGCAGGCUCACGUACAGUGCGUACUUGUGCCAUCUGUGCCUGAUUAAGAUGUCGCUGUUUAGCACGCGAAGCUUCUUCCGUUACGCACUGAUCGAUAUUGGUGCAAUAUGGGCAGCUUCAAUGUUCCUAUCCUAUCUCGUCGCAUGGGUCCUGUGUCUGGUGCUGGAGUCUCCCUUCGUAGCACUGCAGAGACAACUCUUCAAGCGUCAUACACGACGGUCGGAGGAUACGGAAAACUCCUCUAGCGGAGGCGAACCCGGAACGGACACGAGCUACUGUGAGCAUCCGGAUGAGAAGAGGAACUAUCAGGCGAAUGUGAUUUUCAGUCAAAGGUUUUAGCGCGUACGGCUUAGAACUUUAACCAGAGGCCAUCUUAGUGCUAGUGUAGUCUUUAAAAAAAAAAAACAAAUGUCCCAAAAUAGCUCCCAAACCUUAGAUCGUACGUCGAGUUCCAAUGAGUAGUUCGGUUCCAAUAAAAUGUAUAAGAAACCAG